AUGCAGGUCAAUUCAUUGUGCGUGGCUAUCUUCAGUUUCCUCUUCUUCUUUGCUCCACUGGUCACACGCGCCUUAAUAAUCACCGCUCCGAGCUCUGGACUUGUGAAGGGCAACAACACCAUCUCAUACACCCUCCAAGCUUCGGAUGCCGUUGGGCUCUUGACAUUCUUUCUUGCACGCAACUCAACAAGCGCGAUAAUUGCAAAGGACGUUUUGACUCGACCGAUCUCCAGUGCGGUUCCCAUUCCAGUCAUCGUGCCUGCGGGAAUCUCCGGCGAUGGAUGGAGGAUAUUGGCGGUCAAUUCAGACAACACCAUUAUCGGCCAAUCGUCUCCCCUCCAAGUAAGAAACACUCCCGACUCGGAGAGAAAACGGGUUGACGGCGCUGUAAUUGGGGGAGUCGUCGCUGGGGUCUUGGUUUUAGCCAUUUUGAUGCUCGUCCUUUUCAUCUUCUGGCGACGUCGUCAUCAGCGACAACUUGGUCCCACCUUCGAUCUGGAGACUGCGUUCGCUGAGGCCAGGAUGGAGCGAGAUCGCUCGCGUUCUUUUUCUGGCUCUGUCAACGAGGUGGAGAUGGGCAGGAAGUGGACGGAAGCAGACAAAGUGGAAUGGGAGCGCGAGCUGGAGGAUCAGUUUGCAAGAGCGCGUGCUGGGACACCCAGCGCCAUGUUACGGGGCCUUGCUCCACUGAGACCACAACGCGCUGUCGUGCGCAACUAA